AGGCCGGCGGACCCCGCACUACACGCUUUCGGCCUAGUUCCUUCUGUUCUUCAACCCUUUUUUAUUUCGUUUUUAUUUUUUUGUUAAUCCUUAACUCUCACCCACUCUUACUUCUGAACCCGAAAUUCUCCUUAUGCUUUGCUUUCUUUCGAGACAAAGAUUAAAGAAGAAGGUGAAGCAGAGCCAACGAUGAUGGUGAUGAUACUUGAGACAGUUUUGGAGGCCAUCGUGUUCUUGUUCACCGAGUUUCUUCAAUAAUAAAAUCGGAUAGCAGGACAGGAGGAGUUUUUUGGGAUUAGAUGUGUAAUAUGUGCCAGUUUUGCGGCCUGGAAUUGGCGAAGGAAAAGCAGUGCAAUAAUAAUCAAGAUCAUGAGAAUUCCUUACAAAUAAAUUGCGGAGACCCCUAUUCGCCUUGUAAAUUGUGUAUAGAGAAGCAUGAGCAAGAAUCUGUAAAGCAGGAUGAUUUCAGUCCCUAUACAACACCUUUGAUCAGUCCCACAGUUCCUCUGUCGAGCACUGAUAGCUGCGUUUCAAGCUGCAGUGAGUCGUCUGUUGAUAUAAUCUCCUAUGGCAGGAGUAAUCAAGUGGAGGGUUCUUCAGAUGGCUGUAAUAAGAUUGUCAGUUUUGGACUGGAUGGACAUUUGCAGAAUUCAAGCUUGGCAACUACUUUAGACGGAAGUGAUAGAGCUACCGCAACAAUGGAAAACAACCUUAAGGAAAAAAUUCAGGGUGAUCUUGAAUACUCUGCAAGAGAUGUAGAAAUUAUUAGUAAUAGUCAAGAAGCAACAGAUAAUGCUAUUGAAAGUGUUGGUGGAUCGUUUAAUGAAGUUAGUCAAGGAACAAAUGUGCCUCAUUCUUUUGAUAAAGAAUUGGAUGCCGAAAUUUGGGAACCCCCUGAACCAGAAGAUUUAGAUGAUGACAUGGAAGGUGGUGUGGCUAAUAAUGAUGACUAUGACGACGAGUGUGGUGAUGGAACAAAGUGGGGCAAGCCAAGUUCUUUGUGUAAAUUUGGAGAAGACAUUGGAAGCUACUGUUUUAAAGAGGAAUGGCAAAAAGCAGUGGUAGAGGUGAUGAUUGGGAAGUUAAAGGCCCUUGUGGGUCAACUUCUCAAAUCUGUUGGUGUUGCCCUUUCAAAUGACGAUUGUGAAAGUUGGGUAGAUGUGGUCACUUGCUUAUCAUGGCAGGCUGCCUCAUUUGUGAAGCCAGCUGCUACUGAGGGUAAAGCGAUGGAUCCAAGUGGCUAUGUCAAGGUGAAGUGUAUCGCAAGCGGGUCUCGCAGCCAAAGUCAGGUAAUAAAAGGAGUGGUCUUUAAAAAGCAUGCUGCUCACAAGCACAUGCCAACCAAGUACAGGAAUCCUAGAUUGUUGCUGAUCCGGGGCAUGCUUGGACAGUGUUUGAGUAGGUUGUCGUCAUUUAAUUUAAUGGAACAGGAAGAGAACUCUUUGAAUUCUGUGGUAGAAAUGAUUGAAAUGUGCCAUCCAAAUGUGGUUUUAGUGGAGAAAACUGUUUCUCGUGAUGUGCAAGAAUUUAUUCUCAAAAAAGGAAUCACACUAGUGUUUGAUAUGAAGCUCCAUCGCUUGGAAAGAAUUGCUCGUUGUAUUGGUUCCCCAAUUUCAUCCUCUGACACUCUGAUGGGCCACAAACUAAAACAGUGUGAGUACUUUCAUUUUGAAAAAUUCAUUGAAGAACAUGCAACCUCUGGUGAAGGGGGAAAGCGGCCAAGUAAGACCUUGAUGUUCCUUGAGGGCUGUCCUACUCGUCUUGGUUGUACGAUUUUACUAAGGGGGAGUCACAGUGAUGAAUUGAAGAAGAUUAAAUCUGUUGUUUACUGUGCAUUUGUCAUGGCAUACCAUUUAAUACUGGAGACUUCUUUCCUUGCUGAUCAAAGAGCAAUGUUCUAUACCAUUCCUUUUAUAGGAGCUGAAAAUUCCUCACCAAUCGAUCAACAAUCCUCAUUUGUUGGCCCUGUAAAUUCAAGUGUUUCUUGUCUUGAGGAGCAUACUGACAAACCUUCUUCAUUAUGUACAAUUGAUAUUCCCAUUUCCAAUGGUGGGUCGGAGAUAUCAAGUCUGGGAGUGGAAGGCAGUUCCACAAUAUCUUGCCAGCCAUACAACCCAGCUAUAUUUUUUAACAUACCAUAUCUUCAAGCAUCUUUGAAGAAAGUUAUAGGAAACAGCUACCCUCUCUUCUCUCCUUCCUUUCAGCCCCUGUCCUCAUACUUUUGCUUCAGUGGAAGGAAACAAGAUAGUCAGAUGACAAUUGCUGCUCCAGUUUUAACAUCUCCAGUGGCACUUGACUUUUGUGAUGUGGAACAAAGGUGUAGUUCUGAUGAAGAGAAGUUAAUUGAUAGGGAGCGAGCACUCUCGUCUUUUUCAUGGAGCUGUGAAGAUGUCCCUUUGAACACAAGAAAGUCUGAUGCGCAUGAUGAAGACCAGAUUUCAUCUAAUAACAUUGGCACACUGUUGGAUUCUCAGAGUAUCCUGGUUCUGAUGUCUAGUCGUAAUGUGUUGAGGGGGACUAUUUGUGAGCAGAGCCAUUUUUCUCGUAUAAAGUUCUAUAAGAAUUUUGAUGUUCCCCUUGGAAAGUUUUUGGAAGAUAAUUUACUCAAUCAGAGGCAUCAUUGCACAACUUGUGGUGAACUGCCCGAAGCCCAUUUUUACUAUUAUGCACACCAUAAGAAGCAGCUUACUAUACAAGUUAAGCGGCUUCAUACAGGAAAGCAGCUGCCUGGGGAAGCAGAAGGAAAGCUUUGGAUGUGGAGUCGCUGUGGUAAAUGUAAACCUAGGAAUGGAAUCUCAAAAUCUACUAAAAGGGUGCUAAUAUCCACUGCUGCCCGGGGGUUGUCAUUCGGAAAGUUCUUGGAGAUGAGCUUUGCACUUGAUUCUUCAUUUACAACAUCUGGCUGUGGGCAUUCCCUUGAAUGGGACUUUCUGUACUUCUUUGGAUUAGGGUCGAUGGUUGCAAUGUUCAGAUACUCGCCCGUGGUAACUUAUUCUGUGGCCUUGCCACCUCAGAAGCUGGACUUCAGCAAUUCAAUUAGAAAAAGCUGGCUGGAUAAGGAAAUUGAGAAUGUGCAUGAGAAAGGGAUACUGCUGUUUGUGGAGGUGGAGAACACUCUGCAGCGUAUUGGAUCUCGAUUCGAUGAUAUGGCUCUGAACCUCAGUGGUUUGACAAAUUUAUCUGAUAUUGAAUAUAUGUUAAAGCAGGAAAGAUCCGAGUUUGAGGUAAACAUUAGGAAUGUUAAGAAUGGGGAUUCAGGCAAGACUGUAUGCAAGCUUCUGAGCCUGAAUCGAUUGCUCUGGGAACUUCUGCUUGAAUCAUGCGUGUGGGAUCGACGUUUGCACUUUCUGCUCACUUCUAAAUCCAGAAUGAUUGAUGGCAGAAGACUGGAUAAAGCAGUGAAAGGGCAAUAUAAUUUAGAUGCUGAAGUUGCUAGUCGAAGACAUGAACAAACAGCAAAUGGCUGUGAAGUUUCACAUGAUGGCACAGAGGUAAAAUUUAAGUUGGAAACAUCUCUAGAAGAAAGUGAAUUUCCAAACGUAGAUAUACCAGUUGAAGGUCCACUUGAAGGAUCUCAAGAGGAAAAUGAUCUGUUCAACACAACCAAGAUUCAGGAUAUUAAGAGGUCUGCUGUGGGGAGUUUAAGCCCAGAUGAUUUGGUUGACCAAGGUUUCUUGGAGAGAGAUAAUAUCUCUGCACAUCUUCCUUCUGCAGCCGAAAAUUGUGGAGAAGAAGAUUUUCCCUCGUCUGAACUUUUAGAAUCGGGUGGAAUUAUUCCAAUUAUUGAUGAUCUUGGGGAAAAAACCUGCAAUGUUGACAUGCACAUAUUUCGAAGGGGAAAUUCUCUGCAUUUUCCGCUAUCCAAUUUGGAAAGUUCAAGGGAAUAUGUCUGGACUCCCUUCUCAGAGAUUCGACAGGACUGCACGAAGGAUCUCCAGCGAGGAUAUUUGCCGAAAUUUGAACCUAUUAGCAGCCAUACUUCAGAAAUCUUGCCAUUAAGUCAUCAAUUGAUCAGUGAGGAGGGGUCAAGGUUGCACAUUUGUCUCGGCAAUGAUGAUUUUAUGGUGUUGGAUUUUGAGGAUGAGCUCUCAAGCAUAAUUGCCUGCGCUCUGGCCUUGUUGAAGGAUUCACCUGUAAUUAGAGAAGAUCCAGUUGAGGAUUCUAGGAAAGUCAAAGGAAUGACCCCUAAAACAACAGAGAGUUCUCAUGGCCUGCCUCAAAUUGCGACACAUUGUCCUGCAACUGGUUCUUUGGAUUCUGAUGGACCUCAUUCUACAUCAAAUGUCUCUUCAGAAGAGUCGCGCCUAUCUAGUUUUGAUGGGCUUACUUUGUUGAAUUCUCUAGUUUCCUUCAGUGCUCUCCACCCAGAAGUCUCUCUGGGGGCUGGGAAAUUACCUAGAAAGGGUAAAUAUUCAGUAAUUUGUCUCUAUGCGAACCAGUUUCAUGAUUUGCGAAGCCGAUGUUGUCCAUCUGAGCUUGAUUAUAUUGCUUCACUGAGUCAUUGUAGAAACUGGGAUGCCAAAGGUGGGAAGAGUAAAUCUUUCUUUGCUAAAACACUGGAUGACAGGUUUAUUAUCAAGGAAAUUAAGAAAACAGAAUUUGAUUCAUUCAUGAAGUUUGCUUUGGAUUAUUUUAAGCACAUCAAUCAGUCUUUCGAUUCAGGGAGCCAGACUUGCCUUGCAAAAAUUCUGGGGAUUUAUCAGGUUAGACGGAUGAAAAAUGGAAAAGAGAUGAAGCAUGAUCUAAUGGUAAUGGAGAAUCUUACUUUUGGUCGAGAAGUUACUCGUCAAUACGAUCUUAAAGGGGCUCUGCAUGCUCGAUACAAUUCGGCUGGUGCUAGUUCUGAGGAUGUUCUUUUGGAUCAGAACUUUGUUAAUGACAUGAAUAUCUCUCCUUUGUAUGUUAGCAAUAAAUCAAAGCGUCUGCUGCAGCGGGCUGUUUGGAACGACACAAGUUUCCUCAAAUCUGUUAAUGUUAUGGAUUAUUCUCUGCUUGUGGUGGUGGACAAUCAGCGGCAUGAACUUGUUUGUGGCAUUAUUGAUUAUCUCAGGCAAUAUACUUGGGACAAGCAACUCGAAACAUGGGUUAAGUCCUCACUUGUUGUCCCUAAACAUAUGAUGCCUACUGUCAUCUCUCCAACAGAGUAUAAGAAGCGAUUCAGGAAGUUCAUGUCAACACACUUCCUAAGUGUCCCAGAUUAUUGGUGCUCAGAUGGAUCGUAUGAUCCCUGCAAACUUCAUGGUACAGGAGAAAACCAUUCUUCUGAAUCCAAAUCCCAAAAGCAAGGUAGCUAAUUCCCUUUUUUUUUUGUCCUGCAGUCCUUGUUCACUCGUUCAUUCAUUUCUCUAGCUUUGUGUUUAGUUAGCAGCUUAGAAUUACUGUACACGAUGGUUGUCAUUGUACCCCAGCUGGUUCGUCCUGCAAUUAUUUUUGCAAAAUCUCUAGGUAUAGUUUUUAUUUCUAUAGCUGCACCAUGUUUUUCGAGCAGUGUAUAUAUUUGUAUAGUUUUUGUGAAUUAUCAGUUCAGCCUUUUAGGAAGCUGCUAUAGUGGAACAUACCCUUUUGAUUACCUGAUGUUGGAAUCAAUGAAAAUUUUCUUUUACACUUGA